GUGCUGCUGCUCGUGGCCUUCCUGCACGCCUUCGCUGACAACGGCCAGACGUCCAACAUGUUUUACGUGUUCAAGGCCAAGUUCCACUGGAACAAGGACGACUUCUCCCUCUACACGGCUGGCAUCGGCCUCUUUGCCGUGCUCUCCCAGCUUGUGCUGCUGCCGCUGCUGCUGCAGGUGCUCUCCCUGCGCUCGCUGCUCAUCCUCGCCAUCUCAGUCAACAGCUUCCACAUGGUCCUGUACGGGCUCGCCUGGAAGCCAUGGGUGGUGUACCUUGCACUCUCAAUGAGCCUCAUCUCCACGCUCACUCAAACAUCGAUCGGGAGCAUGGUGUCGCACCUUGCAAGCCCCAGGCAAGCUGCAGGAGUGGUGUCUGGGGUCUCCUCCCUCUCUGCCGUGCUCGCACCUCUCACCAUCAACCCCAUCACUGCGUACUUCAUGUCUGACUCGGCGCCCAUCCAUCAGCCCGGAGCCGGCAUCAUCGUUGCAGGCAUUGUCGAGGCGGUGGCAUGUGUCCUCGUGCUGGCACUGCCGCCUGUUGCUGCCAAGCCGGGAGUGAGAGCACUGACAGACCAAGAUGCAGGCUCACCAGCACAAGGAAGCCAAGAUGAUGGUGCUGCGUCUGCAGGCGAUGGUUAUGGCAGGGGGGUUGCGUUAGAUGCAUCUGGAUCUGGCUCAUGUGGUCGAAGCAAGGGCCAGCGCACGGUCACAUUUGAACAUGGCUUUAGCAGCAGCAGCAAUGGUGGAGACAGCAGAGGCAGCAACAGCAGUGGUGCCAGGGAUGGUGGUAGCAGCACAGCAGCAGCGGCAACAACAACGUCACAUCCACAGCUGGGCGAGGCAUUGAUGGGAGCAGAGAGGGGCAUGGCGGCGACAGCUCGAUCACCACACCGCUCCUUACAUAGCAUGUGGAUAUCAGGAUCAUCCUGUCCUGCACUCCACACCCUAUGUAACCAACAUCUGAGGUGCCUUAGAAUCAUCCCUCCUCAUGCACGUUGGUGUGGCGAGGGCGAAGCCUUCCUUCGCACGUGUCUACUACCCCACCUGUAUAUUGUGGGCAUUACCUCCCAGCACCAAUAAAACCUGUGCACAGCAUGACACUUACCGGUACGAGCUUUUGGAGAAUUUG